AUGGGGUCCCGCCCCCUCGCCCCGCCCCACGCACUGUCGCAGCCCUCACUUCGCGGCUGCGCAGACCGCGCCCCCCUUUUACGACAGGCCGGAAAGGAGCGGCUGCAGCUGGCGCGGGCUGAACCCUACAACUAUGGGGGUGAGAAGAAGUCGAGCCGAUGCAGGAAAAUCGCGCUGCAGCUCAAAGCCACGCUGGAGAACGUCACGAGCCUCCGGCCUGUGGGCGAGGACUUCCGGUGGUACCUGAAGAUGAAAUGUGGUAACUGUGGUGAGAUUUCAGAGAAGUGGCAAUAUAUCCGGCUGAUGGACAGCGUGGCACUUAAGGGAGGCCGUGGCAGUGCCUCCAUGGUCCAGAAGUGCAAGCUAUGCUCACGAGAGAACUCCAUCGAAAUUUUGAGCAGCACCAUCAAAUCUUACAAUGCUGAAGACAGUGAGAAGUUCAAGACAAUAGUAGAGUUUGAGUGCCGGGGUCUUGAACCAGUCGAUUUCCAGCCGCAGGCGGGGUUUGCCGCUGAGGGUCUGGAGUCAGGGACAGUCUUCAGUGACAUUAACCUGCAGGAAAAGGACUGGACUGACUAUGAUGAAAAGGCUCAGGAGUCUGUGGGAAUCUACGAAGUCACACACCAAUUUGUAAAGUGCUGA